AUGUUCCUGUGCAAAGGUGUGACCUUCUCCGAGGCCCAGCAAGCCGACCUGGCCUGCCGCGGGGUCGCUCCCAUGCCGCGGGAGAUGGCUUUCCCUGUGCCGAAGGGGGAGAAGUGGCACGACCUCUACGACUACAUCAGGUUCCCAUCCGAGGGGUCCAAGCUGCCGUACGACUCCAUCCAGAAGAGCUCCCGCUCCUCCUGUCACCCAGGUGGCCAAGUCUCGGAGGACCCCGUCCAGCAGCUGCCCCAGCCGGUGACGCUCACCAAAGCAGUCCGCGACCGACUGUCCCUCGUCCAUCAGAUAACCAGUCCCAAAGCUAUGCCGCGUCGGUGUCCUGUAAUUACGAAAAGCAUCCCUGAGGUUCACCUGACAACCCCAGGGCCUCCAAGAGCCGUGCCUGCUGCGGACCAGGAGCUAGAGAAGAACCAGAGACCGCACAGUGCGGGGGACGCUGGGCAGUCGCCGUCAGUCAGCGAUGGUGGCAUCCACGUGUACGCUCACCAGAGGAGCGAACGAACCACCCGCGCCACCCGCAGCGGCUCAGAGGAGAGGCUCUUACCAGAUCCCAUCCUGAAGCUGAGAAUGAUUAUUGGCUUCGGAGGCUGCAGCACCAAGCGGGCGCUGUGGACUCGGAACAACGCUGCGGUGGUCUACCCCUGCCACGCUGUUAUUCUGACCCUGCAGGUCCAGACCGGAGAGCAGAGGUUCUUCAUUGGACACACGGAUAAGGUGUCGGCGCUGGCCUUCAACGGGAACAGCACCUUGCUGGCUUCCGCGCAGGCCGGUCCCCCGAGCGUGGUGCGCCUCUGGGACUUCCCGACGGGCAGCUGCCUCUCGGUGUUUAAAACCCACGUCCGCUCCCUCUUGUCCCUGAGCUUCUCCUACAGCGGAGCCGUGCUGUGUGGCGUCGGAAAGGACGGGCACGGCAAAACGGUGGUGGUGGUGUGGAAUGCUGCUCAGGUGACCCGUGGCGGAGAGGUGGCCGUGCUGGCCAAAGCGCACACAGAUGUGGACAUCCAGGCCUUGAAGAUUGCUUUUUUUGAUGACACCAGGAUGGUGUCGUGCGGCCGGGACAACGUCAGGCUGUGGCGAGUGCGGAGCGGAGCGCUGCGCUCGUGUCCCGUCAACCUGGGCGAGUACCAUUCCCUGGAGUUCACCGACCUGGCCUUCGAGGAGGGGCACGCGGCCGAGCGGGAGCCGGAGGACCGCACGCUCUUUGUCUGCAGCAAGAGCGGCCACGUCUUGGAGGUGGACUACAAGAACGUCUGCAUGAGGAGCGCGCGGCGGCUCCUGCCCGCACAGCCCCGGGGCUGCCAGCGGCAGGACAAGGCAGGCGGCGGCGCAGGCCCUGGGAUCGCUAUAAACAGUAUUAGCAUCUCCUCCACCUUCUGUGCCACGGGUUCAGAAGAUGGCUACCUGCGGCUGUGGCCACUGGACUUCUCAGCCGUUGUCUUAGAGGCGGAGCAUGAGGCUCCGGUGAGUUCUGUCUGCAUCAGCCCGGACAGCCGCAAAGUCUUGUGCACGACCGCUGCUGGCAAUCUGGGCUACCUGGAUAUCCAGUCACGGAACUAUAACACCCUCAUGCGCUCUCACGAGGACUCCGUUUUGGCGUUCUCGGUGGAGGGGAUUUGGAAGCAGAUGGCAACAGUGUCUCAGGACAAUACCAUCCGAGUCUGGGACCUCGUCUCCAUGCAGCAGCUGUACGACUUCACAGCUGCAGAGGAAACGCCGUGUGCUGUGGCCUUUCACCCUACCCAGCAGAUCCUGGCCUGUGGCUUUGACAGCGGGAUGGUGCGGACCUUCAGCUUGGCUGCCUCCGAUCUGCUGGUGGAGCACAAGCAGCACCGCACUGUGAUCACUGGACUGACCUUCUCUCCAGAUGGCAAUUUCAUGUUCAGCUCCUGUUUGCAGGGAACUCUGGCUCUUUACAGCUGUAUGGCGCAGAAAAGCCACGUCCUGAGAGUCCUGGGCAAUGUGGUGGCCCGGGACGCUGGGAGCGGUUCGGGUGCUUUGGUGGUCAGUGGGGACAGCCGUCUCUUGGCCUUCGUGGGUCCCUCCAAGUACGUUGUGACCGUGAUGGAGGCCUGCUCUCUAGAUGAGCUGCUGAGGGUGGACAUCAGCAUCCUCGAUUUGAACAGCACGGCCUUGGACUCUGCAGCCAGAGUCUGCUUUGCUCCAGUGCCUCGAGGCGAGCUCCUGGUGUCCACUUCUUCCAAUAAAAUCCUCGUGCUUGAUGCAAAAACGGGACGACUGGUGCGAGAGGUGUCUCCCGUUCACAAGCUGUCCUGUUCUUCCUUGGCGCUGAGCAAGGAUGGCAGGUACCUGCUCACCGCUGGCGGCAAAGUUAUCAAAGUGUGGGACUAUCAGAUGCGCUUCGAUAUCAACUUCCAGGUGUACAUUGGCCACUCGGAGCCAGUGCGCCAGGUGGCCUUUACCCCAGACCAACGGCACGUCAUCAGCGUGGGAGAUGCCAUCUUCCUCUGGGAUUUCCUGGCUCUGCCUGGCUCUGCGGGGAGUUCACCCCUCGCCGGGGCUCGUUCCUCCGAGUCCGCUCUGCAGCCGGGAGCAGGUAUUUUCUCCGAGUCGGACCGAGAGGAGGAAGCAGGUCUGCCAGGCAGCAGCAGGACGGUGGCGAAUGGAGUCAAAGAUGCCUCGGUCCUCGUGGUGGAGCCGGUCAGAAACGAGGAGCUUGUUGUCGUGAGGCCCAAAGUCAGGCAGGAGAGCUCGAGGUCUCCUGGAGAAUCAGCAAACGAACCCAGAAAGGAGACCAAAAGUCCCAAGUCCCAGUGCUCCGUCCGCCCAGAUUCCUACCGGCAUUUCACUCCUCGCUUUAAGGCAUCGGUGCUCCCCCAGAGUUUCUUAUCUCCUCCAGCUGGCAGUGAGGUCUUGAAGCUAAAAGCAGUGAUCGGCUACAACGGGAACGGCAGAGGGAAUAUGGUGUGGAACCCGGACACAGGCUUCUUCGCCUACACCUGUGGCUGCGUCAUCGUAGUUGAAGACCUGCACUCGGGAUCACAGAAUCACUGGCUUGGCCACGCGGAGGAGAUCUCUACGCUCGCCGUCAGCCACGAUGCCCAGGUUCUUGCCUCUGCCUCAGGAAAGAGGAAUGGAGACUCCCAUUGUCAGAUCUGCCUCUGGAACGUGCAGGAUGGGGUUUGCACAGCAAGUCUCUUCCAUCACGAGACGCAAGUACAAGCCAUGGCAUUCUCUCGGGAUGAUAGAUUCCUUCUUACCCUAGGGGACUACAGCGAUCAAACCAUUGCUCUGUGGAAUACCUACACGUACGAACUCAUGUCGUCGACUUGUAUCUCGGAGCCAGUCCAUGACGUGGCUUUUAGUCCUCUUUCUCACAGAGAACUGGCCUGCGUGGGGAAGGGAGCCGUGAUGUUUUGGCUAUUGGAGCAGCAGGGAGCUGAUGUCAACCUCAAGGUUCAUCGGGCCCCUGCCCCGGACGUGUUAGGGCCGGUGGAGCUGACCUCUCUCUGUUACGGUGCCGACACUCUUCUUUAUAGUGGGACUAACUCAGGCCAGAUCUGCGUGUGGGACACCGAGACUAAUUGCUGCUUCAUGACGUGGGAGGCCGACGAGGGCGAGAUCGGUGUGCUGGUGUGUCGGCGCAACAGGCUGGUGAGCGGCAGCAACACGAAACGCAUCCGCCUGUGGGCAGUGGCCGCCGUGCAGGAGCUGAGGCUGAAAGGUCCCGAUGCCAGCUCAGUCCUGCUAGAACAUGAGAUCACCCUCGACGGGACAAUAGUCAGUGCGGCCUUUGAUGACUCUCUAGAAAUGGGAAUUGUGGGCACCACGGCAGGAACCCUGUGGUACAUCAACUGGACAGAGAGCACAAGCAUCCGACUAAUCAGUGGCCACAAGAACAAGGUGACUGAAGUGUGCUUCAGUCCUGACGAGACUCACUGCGUAACGUGUGGGGAAGAUGGCAGCGUGAGGAUUUGGUCUCUGGGCAGCAUGGAGCUAGUGGUACAGUUCCAGGUGCUCAACCAGAGCUGCCAGUGCCUGGCCUGGAAGCCUCGCCCCAUCGUUGCGUGGGGAGCUGAGAGCCAGCAUGUAGUGGCAGGGGACAGUGAUGGCAAGAUCCGCGUGUUCAGCAUUUCCAGGACAGAGAUGGAGCUGAAAAUGCACCCCCAUGCCGUUGCGCUGACAGCAAUCGCCUACUCCACAGACGGAGAAAUGAUCUUAUCAGGGGGCAAGGACGGGCUCGUGGCUGUCAGCAGCCCUCGCACCGGAAUGACUAUCCGCGUCCUCGCUGACCACAAAGGCUCCCCCAUCACUGUUCUCCAGUGCACCAGGAAGCAGUACCGCGACUUUGGGGUGGAAGGAGGCGAGCUCUGGCUGGCCACCAGCUCGGACCGGCGGGUCAGCGUCUGGGCCUCCGACUGGCUGAAGGACAAGUGCGAGCUCCUCGACUGGCUCAGCUUCCCGGCUCCUGCCGGCCGCUGGGGCCCCUGCCACCUCCCGCCCAGCCUGGCCGCAUUCUGCCCUUGGGAACCCGGUACCCUGGUCUACGUCGGCUUUGGGGUGCAGAAGGAAGUCUUGUUUUACAGUCUGCGCAAGAAACAGGUAGUUGAGAAGAUCUCCUUGCCGUACUUCGCCACAUCGCUCAGCCUGUCUCCUGAAGCACGCUUCAUGGCUGUCGGCUUUGGCGCUGUUUGUAUCUGCCUGGGGAGGCAGUACGUCCGUCCAUCCCGCUCUGACAGCAGCUCCUGA